UCUUGCGCUCUCACGGUGUUUCGUUUGUUUACACACAUCACAACAAACAUUUUCAAUUCCAAUUCGCCACUUUGAAAAUCAAAACAUUCAUAAUUCUCUUGCUCACCAAAUCAAACUCUUCCUUCUUCUUCUUCCAUUGACUUCUCUUCUUCUCUGUUCAUGUCUCACUUUACUUCUAAACUCUUCAUCUGAUCGCUUAAUUCUCCUUUUUCAAUUCCCAAUUUUCGAUUUCAAUCUCCUUCUUAAUUCCACACCCGUUAUAGUGCAAGAGAAGGGACUGAUUUCUAAAUAUCAUUGUCAACUACAAUGCCAAUGCGUGCGCCGGCAUUACUUGCGCAGUGCCUGCCUGGCCUAGUGCCUCAUGAUCGUGGAAGUCUCAGCAUAUCCGCGGUUCCUGCGAAGGAUGUUCAUUUCCCGUCACUAGCUGUGGAGAUUCUUCCUUCAAAGGCAGUUCACGCUGACAAGGACUCGGGGGAAAAUGUAGACCAAGUUAAGUGUAUAGUUAGUGUUGCUGACAUCAUUGGAUUCAGUGGUUCAGAGACAGUAUCCUCAAAACCUGAUGGGUAUCUGAAAUCCUGGGCAAGUUCCAUUGAUCUUGUCAAUGUACUAAAGCAUGAGAUACGUGAUGGGCAACUGAGCUUUAGAGGGAAAAGAGUGCUUGAGCUUAGUUGCAACUAUGGACUUCCUGGAAUCUUCGCAUGCUUGAAGGGAGCCUCCAUGGUGCAUUUUCAAGAUCAAAAUGCAGAAACUCUAAGAUGCACAACAAUACCCAAUGUACUUGCUAAUCUUAAGCAAGCUCGUGAUAGGCAGAGUCGACAGCCAGAAUCUCCCCUUACUCCUUCAAGACAGACUCUAGCACCAUCAGUUAACUUCUAUGCUGGGGAUUGGGAAGAAUUGCCUGCUGUGUUAUCUGUUGUGAAAAACGAUGAGUGUGAAGUGACACCUGGAAUGAGUUUGAGCUUCUCUGAGGAAGAUUUUUUGGAUGGAUGCAGCAGCCAACUGAGCCAAGAUGGGAGCACUUUAGGACAGGAGUCUAGUUCAAGAAGGUCUAGGUCUAGGUCUAGGAAACUCUCUGGAAGUCGAGCAUGGGAAAGAGCUAGUGAGGCGGAUAAGGGGGAUGGUGGCUAUGAUGUUAUUUUGAUGACAGAGAUCCCAUACUCUGUUAACUCUAUGAAGAAGCUGUAUUCACUUAUUAAAAAGUGCUUGAGGCCUCCUUAUGGGGUGGUAUAUCUAGCUCCUAGUAAGAAACACUAUGUUGGGUUUAACAAUGGAGCACGACAACUGAGAAGUCUGGUAGAUGAGGAGGGCAUUUUUGGAGCGCAUUUGGUCAAGGAUUUAGCUGACAGAGAUAUCUGGAAGUUCUUCCACAAGUGAACAAGAGCUCAAAAACAAGAUGGACUACUUUAGGAAACUCCAACCAAAAAGAAUUCUAAUGACACCAUACAUAUUUCUAUAAUCUGAAUCACAAGCAUUCUUUUGUUUUUUGAAUCUAUAGGUUUCUCUCUAGUUUUCUUAUAGUUUAGUAAUAAAGGAGGUCUGAAUUUGAUAUGUCAGUUGGCUUUUAAUUCUUUCACAAUUAUUUCUUCGGAAAAGAAUUCAAAUAUUGGAAUUGUACAUCAAUAGUACAUUGAAUUUUUAUUUU